AUGGUUAACAACAGCAGGGUUCCCAUUUUAUCCAUAUCUAUCUAUCUAUCUAUCUAUCUAUCUCCAGUCUCUCUCUCUCUUUCUUUCUUUUUUUCUUUCUUUCUUUCUGUGACGAUAUCUAGUUAUCUAUCGCAAGUCUCUAUUUUUCCGUCUUUCUUUCUCAAAUCUUUCUUUCUUUCUAUGAAAAUAUGUUCAAAUCUAUCUAUCUAUCUAUCUAUCUAUCUAUCUAUCUAUCUAUCUAUCUAUCUAUCUAUCUAUCUCCAUUGUCACAUGUUGAUAUCUAUCUAUCUAUCUAUCUAUCUAUCUAUCUAUCUAUCUAUCUGUCUGUCUGUCUUUCUUUUUUUUCUUUCUUUCUAUGACGAUAUGUUCAAAUCUAUCUGUCUAUUUGCUAUAUCUUUCUUUCUAUCUAUCUAUCUAUCUAUCUAUCUAUCUAUCUAUCUAUCUCCAUUGUCACAUGUUGAUAUCUAUCUAUCUAUCUAUCUAUCUAUCUAUCUAUCUAUCUAUCUAUCUAUCUAUCUUCAGUCGCUAUAUAUUUCUAUCUAUCUUUCCUCAGUCUCUAUUUUUCUGUCUUUCUUUCUCAAGUCUUUCUUUCUUUCUAUGAAAAUAUGUUCAAAUCUAUCUAUCUAUCUAUCUAUCUAUCUAUCUAUCUAUCUAUGUUCCUAUUUUUCGCGUGUUCAUAUCUAUCUAUCUAUCUAUCUAUCUAUCUAUCUAUCUAUCUAUCUAUCUAUAUUCAUAUUUAUCACAUGUUCAUAUCUAUUUCUCUAUCUUCACUUUCUACCGCUUUCUUUCUUUCUAUCAAUCUAUCUAGCUAGCUAUCGCGAGUCUCUAUUUUUCUCUUUCUUUCUCAAGUUUUUCUUUAUUUCUAUGACAAUAUGUUCAAAUCUCUCUAUCCAUCUUUCUGUCUCAAGUUUCUAUCUUUUUCUUUCUUUCUUUUUCGUUCACAAUAUGUUCAUAUAUAUCUAUCUAUCUAUCUAUCUUUGCCCGUUCACAUUUUUCAAUUUCUCUCUAUCUUAUGCUUUUAAAAAUCCAAUGUUUUCCUCUCUCUUUUCUCCCUAA